AUGCCAAUCACUAGGUCCCAGCCGGUAAUUACCCGCCGACGCCCGGUGAUUACUGAGCAUCUCCGACAGGGAGGAAGAUUGUUUUGUUCACAAACAAUCUUCCUCCCUGUCAGCUUGAGCACACUGCUUGGGAUGGAUGUGCAGAGUACAGCCAUCCUGAUCAGUGUGCUUACAGUGAAGAACACCCCUCCCCCCUAAGUAAAACACUCCCAGCACACAGGUAACCCUUUGAUCGACCCUCACAUUAACCCCUUCCUGCUCAGUGCCAUUAGUACAGUGUCAGUGCUUUUUUUUAGCACUGAUCACUGUAUUGGUGUCACUGGGGUGUCAGUGACACCAAGUUAGAUCCCCCCAGUGUCAGAAUGUCCGUUGCAGUCCCGCUAA